CUCAUUGAGUGUGUAUCUGGGCGAGCAUGAGCUGCUGGGGGUUGUAGCGCAUGCCAGAGCUGUGACUCACUCAGAGGCUCCACUGACCUGCUUAACACACACACACACACACACACACACACACACACACACACACACACACACACACACACACACACACACACACACACACACACACACACACACACACACACACAUAACCACACGCGCACACUACAACAGUCUACAUGCUGUUGCAUACACUCUUUUUCACUCUUUCAUACACACUUAUGUAACGUGCAUUCUGUCACUCUUUUUACAUUACCACUACACUCUCUCUCUCUCUCUCUCGCUAGGGCUCUUAAUAAUAGAAAUAAGCAUACAAUUGGAGCAUCAGAAAUUAUGAUGCACCUUUGAAUUGCUUGUAAAGCAUGGGAUGUAAAAAUGCUUUAUUAACGUUAUUUCAGUUUGGCAACAACUGUUAGUCGGAGUGAUAAACUUCUGAAAUAUUUGAACCUCACCUGGACUUGCACAUAUUUCUCAUCAAUAAUGAUCUAGGCGUUUAGAAUAAGCCUCCAUGCUCAAAUAUCGGUUAUUCUACUAGAAACAUUAGCUUCAAUUAUUGCCUACAAACAUGGUAGUUUUGUGAAUUCCUGAAGUCAGAUGUGUGUCUGCAUGAAUGGCACUGGGUGGCAGCUGCCACGCUUGAAAUAAGCCUUGCCAGCCUAACUUCCACCUCUGACCUCUGACCUGUCACUGGUCUGCUCCAUACUUCUACACAAUUCAUACUGACUUAAUAAAUCAUAUUAAUAAAGCUUAUUUCUGUUUUGUUUUGUUUUGGGGGGGGUGUCCCAGUUUUUUUUUUUUUUUUUUUAAUAUUUAGAAAUACAGAGAAACUAUAAAUCCAAUGAGUAAUGUCAUUUAUUAGAUUUGUUUUAAAUCAGGUAUUCUACAAAUGCAACUUUGUCCUGUACAUAAAUUUUUAUAAUGAACCCUGGGAAAGCAAAUGGAUUUCCAAUUAAAAAAUUUUACAUCUAAAACGAUAAACAUCCGCGUUUCAUUGAAUGCCUUCGAUUUGAACUGUUUAUUAAUGAGUGAAUUUUGGGAAGGAAAUGUUACAGGUCUGUUUUAUUACUAGUUCUAGGAUAAAAGCGAUCUCCCCCGAGGAUUCACACUGAAUGGUACGGUCUGACUUGGUUGAAUGGAAUUUGGACCAGACCAUUCUGGGCCAUUUCCAGUUUUAUAGGGGGGAGGGGAGCACUUUGCAUUCUUAUACCUUUAUCAGAUUGAGAUGUGUUCUAGCAACCUGUGGGUGGGGGAAAAAUGUAAAACGACAAGUUAUUACAAGAUGGCAGAGUGAUUUUAUAUUGUGACUGAAGUGUAAUCAGGUCUAAUUCUACCUCUCCAACGAGCUUGUGUGUGUGACUCCGGAUCUAUUCGCAGCUCUAACCUGACUGCUCCCGUCCCUUCCCUUCCACUCCACUCCGGAUUUGGCCAGCAAGGGGGGAAACGAACAGCUGCUGCGGACGUUUUUGACACGGUUUUUCGCGGACAGGGAGUUUCUGAUGCCGUCAGCCAGGAAAGGAUCGGUGCACAGCCGGAGCGGAUAGGAAAUCAUGGCCGAAGACUAUUGGGAGUGCACGGCGGCCGCUUUGGGAUAUUAACGAUUCACAAGGACACACGGGAAUCUCACGUCCUCCCUCGGGGCGACUGUACAGUGGCUGCCCCUCCCUCCUCAUCGUCUCGGCCCCCCCUGCCCCCUCUGAUGGAGCGCGUGAGGAAGAUCAAGCGGCAGCUGUCCAUGACGCUGCGGGGGGGCAACAACGGGGACAAGAACUUGCCCGAGAGCAUCAGCUCUCAGGACACAGGAGCACACAGCGACUCUGAGGCCAUGCCAGGCGGGGGUAGUGCCACUCUGCGUGGUUCAGUGAGAGGAGCGGGCGGCUCAUUCAGCAUGCACUCGCUCCUGCAGUCCUACAGCAGCUCCCUGCACCGGCCGCGCAGCCUGGGCCGCAGCCUCAGCUCCUAUCUCAACCACACAACACGCCUCGAGAUCGUCCACGAAGAUGUAAAGAUAGGCUCCGAUGGAGAAAGCGACCAGGCGUCGGCCACCUCCUCCGACGAGGUGCACAGCCCAGUCCGUGUGAGGAUGCGCAACAACGCAGGGCGCAAAAUUUCCACUGAGGACAUAAAUAAGAGGCUGUCUCUGCCGGCUGAUAUCCGACUCCCAGACGGCUACCUGGAGAAGUUCAGUCUGAACAGCCCGCUGUUUGAUAAACCACUGAGCAGACGACUGCGUAGGGUCUCUCUGUCAGAAAUUGGUUUCGGGAAGCUGGAAACCUACGUGAAACUGGAUAAACUAGGAGAGGGCACGUAUGCUACGGUCUAUAAGGGUCGCAGUAAGCUAACCGAUAACCUCGUGGCUCUCAAGGAGAUCCGGCUGGAACAUGAGGAAGGAGCUCCCUGCACCGCCAUCAGAGAGGUUUCCCUAUUAAAGGAUCUCAAGCAUGCCAACAUUGUGACUCUGCAUGACAUCAUCCACACCCAGAAGUCUCUGACGCUCGUCUUUGAAUACCUAGAUAAAGACCUGAAACAGUAUCUGGAUGACUGCGGGAACUGCAUCCACAUGCACAACGUGAAGCUCUUCUUGUUCCAGCUUUUGCGAGGACUGAGCUACUGUCACAGACGCAAAGUCCUCCAUCGAGACCUCAAACCCCAGAAUCUCCUCAUCAAUGACCGUGGGGAGCUCAAACUGGCUGACUUUGGUCUGGCUCGAGCCAAGUCGAUUCCCACCAAGACUUACUCGAAUGAAGUGGUGACUCUGUGGUACCGCCCACCAGACAUCCUACUGGGCAGCACAGAUUACUCCACCCAGAUUGACAUGUGGGGCGUCGGCUGCAUCUUCUACGAGAUGGCUACGGGUCGGCCGCUGUUCCCAGGAUCCACAGUGGAGGAGGAGCUGCACUUUAUCUUCAAACUGCUAGGGACACCUACGGAAGAAACCUGGCCUGGAAUAACCUCCAAUGAAGAAUUCAUGUCCUACAACUACCCUCGUUACCGUGCCGACUGCCUCCAUAACCACACCCCUAGGCUGGACAAUGACGGAGUGGACCUGCUGUCCAAACUGCUGCAGUUUGAAGGAAAGAAGCGCAUAUCUGCAGAAGAAGCGAUGAGACACUCGUACUUCCACUGUAUGGGAGAGAGAGUCCUCACACUGCCUGACACUACAUCCAUAUUUGCACUUCAAGACAUUCAGCUGGAGAAGGAGACGACCAUGAGGACGAGCUCGAUGUCCGACUCCGUGAACAGUAUAUCUCAGCGGCAGAGCUUGCUCUUCUGAUUGGCUCGAAGCCUGACUAUGCUGAAAGAAAGAAGAGGAGGAUGAACGGAGAUGUUUCUGUGUGCGAUUAUGAUGAAGGGAUCCCCGUGUAUUUGUUUUUGUGUUUGUUUUCCUCACUUCUCUAACUGAGUCAUUGCUGUCAUGUGGCAUUGCUUUUCGGGGGGAAAAAAGGGGAGGAGUUACUAGAUGUUUACAUGGGAAGAUGAGAAUUUUUUGUUUUUGGGUUGUUGUUGUUUUUUUUUUUUGUUGUUUUUUUUUGUAUUUAUAGCGUUUGUGUCCUGAUUAUGCACUCUGUUUGCAUGUACCUGUAAGCCAUGUUCUCCUCCCACUCACUUUCAGUUGCGUGUCUGGUCGAAUUGGACUUCGCUGUACGUUUUUGUAGUUUCAUUUGAAUCCGUUACUAGAACGAACCACUAAUGAUGACGCGAAUGGUUAAUAAUAAUAUCCUUCGCUUCAGAACUGUGACUGUUGAACAGGAUUGAAUACUGUUAUGCAUUCAAGCCUUCAUCUUAGUCUUCCUCCUCAGCGUUCUCAAUCUGACCCUCGCAUUCACUCACGUAUCUCACACACACACACACACACACACGCACACACUGACGACCACUGAAAACCACGGCAUGAUUUUACCAAAGAUUUUUCCCUCCUUGAAAUCAUUAGAGCUUCCAAUUUGCCCAAACGUCCCCCAGCGUCUCUGUAUUUUUACCCUCGCAGCCAUCUGCUUCUUCCUGCUUUACUGGUUUUUCCAAAAACUGUUUUGAGAAACGCUUGUUCAUGUUUAGUACUCUGGCGAAAUGAUUUACCAGUGAACCAGAAUCCAAUCCAAACCUAAACCUGAGCAGUUAAAGGUUACAGGUUUGUUUGUCCGAGGCUCAACUGUGGCUUUCUGAGACAUCUCAUUUGAACUCGCAACCUUAACAGUAGGGACGCACCGCUCCGCUUUUUGGGAAUAUUUUUUAAAUCUGAUCAUUGUAUGCAGGA